GCUGUACAUAUAUAUAUUUAUUUAAAAUAUGCAAUAAAAAAUGAAAAAGAAAAUGACGCCGACGGCCAACCAAAAUGAACUCAUUGUUGCGCACUUUUCUUCUGUAUACAGACCACCAGAAACGACUCCCUUCUCUCCCUUUUAAACAUCUCCUUUUUCUGUUCUCUUCGCUUCAUCUUUCUUUUUUCUGAAACAUUCUUCAGCUUGAGGUCAGCUUGAGUGUGUUCUGGUUUACAUAGUGGCGGUCAUUAGGUGAAUAUUAAAAUAUUUGUCUAAUUGGGCAGCUCAAUUGAAUGGACUCGGAUCAAAUGAAAUGGUUGGCAUUAGAAUUUCUAUGCGAGUUGCAAACCAGCUAGGAACUAGAUCAGAUAGCUGCUGCCAAAUAUAAUUUGAAGAGAUAAUGUCAGGAGGAGGAGGGGGUACACAGAACAGCUUGAGAAAAACACUUGGGGCACUUAAGGAUACCACUACUGUUAGUAUAGCUAAAAUAAAUAGCGAUUACAAGGAGCUGGACAUUGCUAUUGUUAGGGCAACGAAUCAUGUUGAGCGCCCGGCAAAAGAGAAACAUAUAAGAGCGAUCUUUGCUGCUAUUUCUGCGACAAGGCCUCGGGCUGAUGUUGCGUACUGCAUUAAUGCUCUUGCAAGACGGCUGUCUAAGACACAUAAUUGGGCGGUUGCAUUAAAAACUUUGAUUGUUAUCCAUCGUGCAUUGCGAGAGGUGGAUCCCACAUUCCAUGAGGAGCUUAUUAAUUAUGGACGAAGCAGGAAUCGCAUGCUUAACAUGUCUCAUUUCAAAGAUGAUUCAAGUCCUAAUGCAUGGGAUUACUCUGCUUGGGUGCGUAGCUAUGCAUUAUAUUUGGAAGAGAGGCUGGAGUGCUUUCGGGUGUUGAAAUAUGAUGUGGAAUCUGAUCGUACGAAAACCAAUGAUUUGGACACUCCGGAUUUGCUUGAGCAGUUGCCAUCUCUACAGCAACUUCUAUAUCGUGUUAUUGGCUGUCAGCCACAAGGGGCAGCUGUUCAUAAUUUUGUUAUUCAGCUAGCACUUACAAUGGUUGCUUCAGAAAGUGUUAAAGUUUACAAUUCUAUUAGUGAUGGCACUGUUAAUUUGGUUGACAAGUUCUUUGAGAUGCAACGGAAUGAUGCUCUUAGGGCUCUGGACAUAUACCGCAGGGCUGGUCAGCAGGCUGAGAGACUCUCUGAGUUUUAUGAGAUAUGUAAGAAUCUUGAUAUUGGCCGGGGAGAAAGAUUUAUCAAGAUUGAGCAGCCUCCUGCAUCUUUUCUACAAACAAUGGAGGACUAUGUGAGAGAAGCACCUCGGUUUUCUAUUGCUCGCAAGGACUCAGUUAUUGAAGAUAAAAAAGUGGUCUUGCCUAUAGAGUACAAAAAAAAAUCUGUAAUCAAAGAGGCGGAUCCAGUGCCAGAACCUGAACCAGUGCCAGAAGCUGUAAAGGUGGAAAGUUCUGUGGCAGAACCACCAGACCUAUUGUCUCUUGAUGAUCCAGCUCCAGCUGUUGCCGAAUUAGAAGAAAAAAAUGCUACAGCUUUAGCCAUAGUUCCCGUUGGUUCUAUGAACCAGCCAGCUUCUACUGGUCCAAAUCUGGCAAACGGAGUUACAGGCUGGGAGUUAGCUUUAGUCGAAGCUCCCACCUCCAAUGAGACUUCCACAGCGGCUACCAAACUGGCGGGAGGACUGGACAAGCUUACACUAGACAGCCUUUACGAUGAUGCAAUUAGAUGGAGCAACCCCAAUGUAAGCUAUAAUAAUAACAAUAAUCCAUGGGAACACUCACCAAUGUCAGUUGCGGCCCCCAUGAUGAUGCCGCCGCCGGCACAAACAGCACAUGACCCGUUCUACGCCAGAAACAUAGUGGUGGGUGCACAAACAUCAACAGUGCAGAUGAUGGCAAAUCAUCCACCGCCUUUCAUGUUUCAGCAGCAGCAACCUCAGAUGAUGGUGGGUCCGCAAACACAACCGGCUAUGAAUCCCUUCGGCAAUCCAUAUGGUGCAACAGCUGCUAGUCCUUAUAGUAAUGCUUCUAUGCCUGUUCAAUCCUACAGCAAUCCUUAUGCUGGCCUCAUUUGAGCACUUUCCUUCAUCGGAGCUAGCUUUGCAUUUUUUAUGCAUACUGGAGGAUGUAUGAUGAACAGGUGUGUACCACUGCUGCAAGUAGGGUGAAAUUAUUUGUUGAAUAAUUAGAUAGGAGCAAAAAGUUCUUUGGUUCAUUGGUGACAUCAAUGGGAACACACAAUAAAACCUUGAUUUUUUGACCUGCUUUAGCUCAAGCAGGCCUCUUGUGUAUGCCAACUCCCCCCUUCUCAAAAUUUUCAAUGUUUCAUUAUUUUUGUAAAAUGGUUGUACAACUGCAUGGUGUAUUCAUAAACAAGAUCUCUUUUGUGGUGCAUAGCUAUAUACAGCCUGAAGAUUUCAAUAAUUCAAAGUUGUGUUCCUUGUUUUUAGUUUUUUACAAAUUAAAUACACAAUGAUGUAUCAGCAAAAUCUCCACAAAUGUGGUGGUUUCCCAUCCGUCGCAGACGACUAGACGAGUUUUUACAUUCACUAAUGUUCCGAACAAUCCAUUAAAAAGGUCAUGGAAUGUGCUUGAGAAUCAAGAACCAUCCUGCUGUAGUGCUGGUUAUAGAAGAGUUUUUUUUUUUUGUGUGGGAUAAUGCAUUCACAAUCACAGAGAAGGCAAUCAUGCAGCUGAUUGGCUGGUUAGAAAAGCUACUUUUAAUUGUACCCGUGCUUCUUAAUCAGGUUAGAAUGUGAUUCCUAGAGAAGGUAAAGGCAGUUUAAACUGAAUAUCAUUUGAUUGCCUAUCAGGCAGAUCCAGCUGUUUCCCUGAUUUCAAUAAAGAAUCCGAUGUAAU